UGGUGCAAAGUUGGAAUUCAAUGAUUUGGGAGGUUUUAUAGCUGAUUUUGAAGGGUUUAGUGGUCAAUUUUAAUUCACUGUUAUGUGGGUUGCUCUUAAUUGGAACCAUGGAUGUGUUGGUGUACUGUUUUUGGACUUUUGGGGAAGAAGUGAAGCUGAUUAGAUCAAAUUAGGGGUUUAGUUUUUGGGGGUUUUGAACUCUGAUCUGUCGGUCAAAUUGGAUUUACUUUUCUGGGGUUUGUACUGAUUUUUUCUAAUUUCUAAGCUCACUUACUGGAUUGGGAUCUUUCAAUUUAUAUUAUCUGAGUUUCAACAUGGAGACUAGAUUUAGAGGUGAAAAUCAUCAUUUCUAUGGUAUGAAUUCCAUGGAUUUGCGGGCAGUAGGUAAAAGAACUCUAGAAUGGGACUUGAACGAUUGGAAAUGGGAUGGUGAUCUUUUCAUUGCCAGCCCAUUGAAUCCGGUGCCUAAUAAUAACGUGGGCCGCCAAUUUUUCCCACUUGGCACUGGAAAUUCAUCCAAUAGUUCAUCGUCAUGUUCGGAUGAAGGGAUUCAAGGAAUUGAGAAGGGGAAGAGAGACUUGGAGAAGAAAAGGAGGGUUAUUGUAGUUGAUGAUCAUAAUUCAUACGAGGCGGCAGGUGGACUUAGUUUGAAACUUGGCGGCAAUGGUUUUCCGGUCUGUGAGAGGGAGGUGGGCAAUUGGGAAGGAGCUAGUGGGAAGAAAACUAAAUUUGGUGCAGGUUCUUCGAACCGUGCAGUUUGUCAGGUGGAGGAUUGUGGGGCUGAUCUGAGCAGUGCCAAGGAUUAUCAUAGGCGGCACAAGGUGUGUGAGAUGCAUUCCAAGGCCAGCAGGGCGCUUGUGGGGAAUGUUAUGCAGCGGUUUUGUCAGCAAUGUAGUAGAUUUCAUGUCCUUCAAGAGUUUGAUGAGGGGAAGAGGAGUUGCCGCAGGCGUUUAGCAGGGCAUAAUAAACGGAGGAGGAAAACCAAUCCGGAUCCUGUCAGUAAUGGAAGCUCACUUAAUGAUGAUCAGACUAGUGGUUAUCUGUUGAUAAGUCUCUUAAGGAUACUUUCCAAUAUGCAUUCCAAUAGAUCAGACCAGAAAACAGAUCAGGAUCUGCUAUCUCAUCUUCUAAGGAGCCUUGCUGGUCCUGCUGGUGAACAUGGAGGAAGAAGCAUAGCUGGGCUCUUGCAGGAACCUCAAAGUAUGAUGAAUCAUGGCGCUUCUGUUGGGAACUCAGAAGUAGUUUCAGCUAUGAUUGCAAAUGGUCAAGGUCCUCCUAGGCCUUUCCGACAACAUCUCAAUGUACCUGUAUCGGAGAUGCCACAGCAAGGGCCAAGUGCUCAUAAAACCAGGGGUGCAGAAGUUGAAAAUGGUGCUGCUGGGCGGAUCAAAAUGAAUAAUUUUGAUUUGAAUGACAUAUAUGUUGACUCAGAUGAUGGCACAGAAGAUGUAGAGAGAUCGCCUGUCCCUGCAAAUCCGGGGAGUAGCUCCCUUGAUUGUCCUUCAUGGGUACAACAAGACUCUCAACAGUCAAGUCCCCCCCAGACUAGUGGGAACUCAGAUUCAGCAUCGGCCCAGUCACCUUCUAGUUCCAGUGGAGAUGCACAGAGCCGCACAGAUCGGAUUGUGUUUAAGCUAUUUGGGAAAGAACCAAAUGAUUUUCCUCGUGUCCUGCGAGCACAGAUCCUUGACUGGCUCUCUCACAGUCCUACUGAUAUGGAGAGCUAUAUUAGGCCUGGUUGUGUCAUUCUGACUGUUUAUCUUCGUCAGGCUGAAGCUGCUUGGGAGGAACUUUGUUGUGAUUUGACUUUUAGUUUGAGUAGGCUUCUGGAACUCUCAAAUGACUCUUUCUGGACGACUGGAUGGGUUUAUGUUAGAGUGCAACAUCAGAUAGCAUUCAUUUACAAUGGUCAGGUUGUUGUAGACACAUCCUUGCCUCUUAGAAGUAACAACUACAGUCAAAUUCUAAGCGUCAAGCCGAUUGCAAUAUCUGCAUCAGAGAGGGCACAAUUUUUAGUUAAAGGCGUUAACCUGGCUCGGCCAGCCACAAGGUUACUCUGUGCAGUGGAAGGGAAGUAUAUUGUUCAGGAAACUACUGACGAAGUAAGGGAUGAUGUUGACAGCUUCAAGGAGCAUGAUGAGCUCCAGUGUGUAAACUUUUCUUGCUCAAUCCCUACAGUGACUGGAAGAGGAUUUAUUGAGAUUGAAGAUCAUGGUUUCAGUAGCAGUUUCUUUCCUUUUAUAGUUGCAGAAGAGGAUGUUUGUUUGGAGAUCCGAAUGCUUGAAAAUGCAUUGGAAUUGACUGGGACAGAUGCAGAUGCUGUGCGGACCGGAAAGCUGGAAGCCAAAAACCAAGCCAUGGAUUUCGUUAAUGAAAUUGGUUGGCUUCUUCACAGAAAUCAAUUAAACUCUAGACUAGGCCACCUGGAUCCUAACACAGACCUUUUUCCUUUAAGACGGUUCAAAUGGCUCAUGGAAUUCGCCAUGGACCGUGAAUGGUGUGCUGUAGUAAAGAAGCUAUUAAACAUUCUGCUUGAUGGAACCGUGGGUUCAGGGGAGCACCCUUCCCUGAACCUUGCAUUGUCAGAGUUGGGACUCCUUCACAGGGCCGUGAGGAAAAAUUGUCGGCCUCUGGUGGAUCUCCUUUUGAGAUAUGUUCCUGAGAAAGUUUCAGACCGAUUAGGAUCUGAUUACAAUCAGCCUGAUGGUGAUUCUGAUGGCUUUCUGUUCAGACCUGAUGUCACAGGCCCUGCAGGUUUGACACCUCUUCACAUUGCAGCCGGUAAAGAUGGCUCUGAGGAUGUACUGGAUGCACUGACUGAUGAUCCUGGAAUGGUGGGAAUUCAAGCAUGGAAGAAGGCUCAUGACAGCACAGGCUCUACACCUGAAGAUUAUGCACGUUUGCGUGGACACUAUUCGUACAUCCACCUGGUGCAGAAGAAGAUUGUUAAGAGACCAGCUUCUGGCCAUGUGGUUGUUGACAUGCCUGCCAUUGUUGCAGGCUGUAACAUAAACCAGAAGCAAAAUGAUGAUUUGAGUGGUACAUUUGAGAUAGCACGAACUGCAAUCAGACCCAACCACGGUGGCUGCAAGCUUUGCCACCAGAAGCCGGGUUAUGGAACAGCGGGCAGGUUUCUGGUGUACAGGCCUACAAUGCUCUCAAUGGUGGCUAUUGCUGCAGUGUGUGUGUGUGUGGCUCUACUAUUUAAAAGCUGUCCUGAAGUUCUUUACGUGUUCCGUCCAUUCAGGUGGGAAAUGCUGGACUAUGGAACAAGCUGAAGUAUAUUAACUCCCAACUUGAUAAUAACCGGUUAUAGGUGAUCUGUAUUUGUAUGCAUUUCUAGAUUGUAAAGUUGAGAGUUGUAUAACGGUGUGUGCAGGUGGAUUUCAAUUUCGGAGUCAGUAAUAUUAUUGACAUAUUUAUUUAUUAUCGAGUCAACCUUUAUCAACAUGUAAGUACUAAGUACACCAACUGCAUUGCUCUUGACUCGGGUGAUUUUACUUUGAUUUGAGCAGAGAGAGCAUUAGUGAGAUCGCUACGCUUGUAACGCUUCUAUCUUA